AUGCGUCUCUGGCGCGCUCUGCGGUCGCUCGCACUCGUCCUUGGGUUGGGCUACGCCAAGGUAGUCUACUUGCGACGGCGGGCGUAUGUAGCGCCGAGCGACUCGGCCUUUGGCGUGCACGAGUACCACGAUGAGAAGCUCUUUGUCGGCAGACGACCCCAUCGCCACUUGCUCGACGCUCCAUUUGGUACUGGCGCUCAUGCCGACACCAUCCAGGACGCCCAUGCACACGUACAAGCCGACGGCGUCAGCGCCUCGGACGCGGGCUUUGCCGCCGAAACUGCCGCCGACCAAAGCGACAUUUACUACGAGAAGCUCAUUGUGUUCAAGAAGAGCCACACGUCGUCGGCGGAUGCUGUGGAUAUGGCGGCCGCGCAACUGCAGCACCACGGACGCGUGCAAGCUUCGGACGCCAACGAGCGGGCGGAGCAACGCCAGACGCUGCAGUGA